UUUCCCAAUAACUCCCAAUCUCUUCUCUUUUCAAAUUAAUUUCUCUCCCAUCUUCAAUAUUUUCAACCGUAUUAUACGCCCAUUAUCUAUCAUCAUUAUUAGCACGAUUCCAUCUUCCUUAAUCGUUACCCACACAGUAUAGGUAACGAAUUUUGAUAAUUUAUUAGAAUUUUUUUACUUUCUUUGUUGUAUUUCUCUAUAUUUAUUCUUAUAUUUCAUCGUUUUCUUUGUUUCUUUUCAUUCCUUUUUUUUCUGUUUUCAGCUAUUGUUAAGAGUGUUUAAAACAAGAUCUAAUUCUCCAUUUUAAUGGCAGAAAGAGAUACUCCAAGCAGGAAUACUCGAGGUAGUCCUGAUGUUUAUGAUGGUCCUAGUUUCUCUUUGGGAUUUUCACAAAAACAACUUGCAAUUGCAGGAGAAUCUGCUAAAAUUGCUGCUGAGAGAAGAAGCAAGAAGAUUCAUGACCCAUCAAGGAUGCGUCAACUUCAACCAACUGAAGUUGCAAAACCGAGCAAGCGAAAAGAUGAUGUACCAGUCAAAAAAGGUUCUAAAGUUGCUCAACAAAAUAAGAGAAAAGUAACCAAGCCUUUUUCCGACGUUAAGGGUAAAAAGGUUGUUAAAGAUGUAGAUCUGGAAGAGGAUGAACAGGAAACUAAAUUCUAUGUUAAGAGUCAUCCUGAAGAGGCUCCAUCGAUGCAACGGUACACGAAUAUUCUCAAGAGUAAGCUAACUGUUCCACAGUUAGAGAUCCUUGGGUAA